GUGAUGAGAAUUAAUCCAUUUGAAAAAAUAUAUAUUAUUGAAACAUGAAGUUUGUCUUUUAAUCACAAUAGUAGAAGGGAAAUAUUAUUGUUAGGCUAUUUAUUUGAAUAGAACCCGAAUGACCAUAAAAGCUAUAAAACACAUGAUUCAGGUUGCACAUCAGUCAUAUUUUCUUUUAGACUACCAGAGAAGAGGAAACUGUAAUUGGAAUAGAAACUGGGCUAAAAUUGAAUUGGGUGAUGUCACACCACAUAAUAUAAAACAACUAAAAAAGCUAAAUACCGUCGUCUUUCCUGUUUCAUACAAUGAGAGGUUCUACAAAGAUGUUUUAGAAGUCGGAGAAUUAGCAAAACUAGCUUAUUACAAUGACAUUGUAGUGGGAGCAGUCUGCUGUCGCAUUGACAAUGCGGAGAAUGCGAGGCGGUUGUACAUAAUGACACUGGGAUGCCUGUCGCCCUACAGAAGGCUCGGAAUCGGUUCACUCAUGGUACAGCAUGUUCUCAGUUAUGUAGAAAAGGAUGGAAACUACGAUAAUAUUUACUUACACGUCCAAGUAAACAACAUCGGCGCAAUAGAAUUCUACAAAAAGUUUGGUUUUGAAAUCCACGAAACGAGGAAGCACUACUACAAACGUAUCGAACCAGCGGAUGCCUACGUCCUACAAAAAACAAUACGUCCUACCGCCGCCCCAACCAUAACCCCAUUAACAAACGGAAUCGGCAAUCAUCAUAGUGAAAAAUGAACACUAAACCAUUCAAAAACUGUUCUCCGGUCAUUUAAAGACAUUUCUUUCAAAUCCUAGCUGAAUGUGAAGCCUGUAUUGUAAUGUAUCAAACUCUACCUAUGUUCCUUACAUUGUGAAAACGUUUUUAAAACAUUCAUUUACAAGUGUAGAAACCUUGCCAAACUUCUCAUUACUCUCAAAUUCUCAAUAAAAUAAGUGUUGUCUGAAUUUUCAGAAACUAAUUUUAAAUUUAUUGUUGAAAUCUGUCCUAAAUAGGAAUCUCAACCUCUUCAGCUUUGCUAAUAUUUUCACAUCAUCUAUACACAUUAAAACUUUUUUCUAUAAAAUUAAGCUUUUCUUGAAUUAAUUCUCGGAGAAACUUCAUAUAAAUCGUGGAAAAUCGUAAUUUUUCUUACUAUAGUUGAAAUUUGAUAGAUUUCGCUCAUUUUUGUUACUUCCUUGAGCAAAAUAAAUUUUAUGAAGUUAGUAGUCUUCACAUUAUUAUUGAUAAAUUACAGUCUUCUAUAUUAUUUUAUUAAAGUUUUUCAAUUACAGUUUAAUAGAUUUUUAUUCACGUCAUCCCUAGUAUUUUAUUGCAGAAAAUAUUGUUGUUCUACAUGUAUAUGUCCAAAACUUUACUUCAUUGAUAGUUCUGGUUGAAUAUAUUCUAAGGUUCAGGUGAAUUACAAGUUCCUAUAUGAAUAUUUUUAAUUAAAAAGAUUCAAAGUAUUUGAAAACUCAACUAUUUAUAGACGAUUUUCUUUAUACUCUGAGUUGUUGAACUGAAUUAUUGAUUUUCAUCUGAAACUGGCCUAAUAGUAUAAUAUUUUGAAAAUUAUGUUACCUCAUUUAGAAUACCACCCGAGUUAAUGGAAAUUUAUUUUCCAAUAGUUGAGAAAGUAUGAAAGCUUUAGAUUUUUCAACUUCUUUUACUAGAAUUUCAACUCUAAUAAUUAGAUUUACAUUAAAAUUAAACUGUUAAUAAAUGAAUUCUUAACCGUUGAAAAGAAAUAAAAAUCGUCAAGUACUCUAUUAAUACAUUCUAAUGAUAUGCACAAUAUCUUCCAACAAACUAUAUCCAUUUUCCAGUUUGAAACAUGUUGUACUUAAGAUCAUGAAAAUGUAUUAAUUUGUUACUUGACGAUUUUCAUUUCAUUUCGAUUAUUGUAGUAGACCUUUAUAGUAAAAUUUAAAUUUAACUGUGUAUUGUCUCAUUGGCACUAUUAUUUGAAUAGACUUAGAACGUUGUCAAAAAUCUUCUUUAAUUAAAUAAAAAUUAAUAUUUUACAGAAGCAUGCUUUCGUGUGUGCUCACACAUCAUCAGCUGUAAGCUACAGUAAAGUUACAGGAAGUAGAAAGAUUCCAACUUAACAAAAACAAAAGCAAGAGCUACUUGCUUUUGUUAAGUUGGAAUCUUUCUACUUCCUGUAACUUUACUGUAACUCUUGCAGUAAAAGUAGCUCUUGCUUUUGUUUUUGUUCAGUUGGAAUCUUUCUACUUCCUGUAACUUUACUGUAACUUACAGCUGAUGAUGUGUGAGCACACACGAAAGCAUGCUCCUGUAAAAUAUUAAUUUUUAUUUAAUUAAAGUGGAUUUUUGACAACGUUCUAAGUCUAUUCAAUUAUGGAAAAGUUCCACAAAAUCAACAUUGACACUAUUAUUAAUAAUUGAUGUCAUCUUUAGAAUGGCCAUAGUCAAUUUAAUAACGCCUUUCAACUAUAUACUGUCAAAUUAUCUUAGUAAAAUAAAUAUUAAGCUGUUUCCAUAAUUUUCACGAACCCUGUUUAUCAAGUCUUAUUUUUAAAUUGAAUUAAUUUCACAAUAAAAGUUUCUUGUAUCGCUAUAUUUCUAAACAAUUGUGCAGCCAUCAAUGUAAUGCUCACUGAUUCAUUUCUGCGUUGUUAUUUGUUGAGAUUACCGUAUUUAUUGAAUAAAACUAUGGGUUAUUUCUAUUAAAAGCUUAACAUUGUAA